CUCCACACAUUUAUACCAAUUUUCUAUUCAAAGAGUUCUCAGUUUUUUUUCUUCUUCUUUUGACACCCCACUCUUCCAUUUCUCCAAAGUCUAACCUGGUGGGCUUUUCCUUUCCAAUUUGUAGUUGAAAGUUAGUUCCUUUUCACAGUUUUCAUGGCGUUGAGUUUGGUUUCUCAUCCUGAAGUAAACUCUAUCUCCUUCUUGGGUUCCACCAAGUCCAACUCCAUCCCCAAGCUAUUUCCAGGGGGUUUUGUUUUGAAGAAGGACUGUGGUACAGCGUUUUGGAAGAGAGUUCAAUGUUCAAUUCAGGCUCCACAACCACCACCUGCAUGGCCUGGACGAGCUUUUCCAGAACCCGGACUCAAGACUUGGGAUGGCCCCAAGCCUAUCUCCAUCGUUGGCUCAACUGGAUCUAUUGGAACUCAGACGUUGGACAUAGUUGCUGAGAAUCCAGAUAAAUUCAGAGUUGUGGCGCUUGCUGCUGGUUCAAAUGUCACCCUUCUUGCUGAUCAGGUUAAGACAUUCAAACCCCAAUUGGUCGCUGUUAGAAAUGAAUCUUUGGUAAGUGAAUUGAAAGAGGCAUUGGCUGAUAUGGAACAAAAGCCCGAGAUUAUUCCUGGGGAACAAGGUGUUAUAGAGGUUGCUCGCCAUCCGGAUGCUGUCAGUGUAGUUACCGGGAUAGUAGGCUGUGCGGGGUUGAAGCCUACGGUUGCUGCAAUAGAAGCAGGCAAAGAUAUUGCUUUGGCCAAUAAAGAGACGUUGAUCGCUGGUGGCCCCUUUGUCCUUCCUCUUGCUCACAAACAUAAAGUAAAGAUCCUUCCAGCUGAUUCUGAACAUUCUGCCAUAUUUCAGUGUAUUCAGGGAUUACCAGAGGGUGCACUUCGGCGUAUUAUUUUGACAGCAUCCGGUGGGGCUUUCAGGGAUUGGCCUGUCGAUAAAUUAAAAGAAGUUAAAGUAGCUGAUGCUUUGAAGCAUCCUAACUGGAAUAUGGGGAAAAAGAUUACUGUGGAUUCUGCUACCCUUUUCAAUAAGGGUCUCGAAGUCAUUGAAGCUCAUUACCUAUUUGGAGCUGAGUAUGAUAAUAUCGAGAUAGUAAUUCAUCCGCAGUCUAUUAUACAUUCAAUGGUUGAAACACAGGAUUCGUCAGUGCUAGCUCAGUUGGGAUGGCCAGAUAUGCGCUUGCCGAUCCUCUACACUAUGUCGUGGCCAGAAAGAAUUUACUGCUCUGAAAUAACUUGGCCUCGCCUUGAUCUUUGCAAGCUUGGUUCACUAACUUUUAAGGCUCCCGACAACGUGAAAUACCCGUCCAUGAGUCUUGCCUAUGCAGCCGGAAGGGCUGGAGGCACCAUGACAGGAGUUCUUAGUGCAGCUAACGAGAAAGCUGUGGAACUGUUCAUCGAUGAAAAGAUCAGCUAUUUGGACAUAUUCAAGGUGGUGGAGUUGACUUGUGAGAAGCACCAAGAAGAACUUGUGGCCACUCCUUCCCUAGAGGAGAUUAUACAUUAUGACCUGUGGGCUCGAGACUAUGCUGCCGGAGUGCAACAAUCAUCUGGAUUGAGUCCCGUUCCAGCAUAAGUCGAUGGGGUUGCUCAGGUGACAGACUGAACUGACAAUGGCUCUAUCGCGAUGACCCGGAAGUAGUCGAUUUAUGCCGAAGGCUGCAGUGAGCAAUUGUAUCAUACAUUAUAUAAUAUGAAGAUGAAGCACUUGAGUGUAAACAUACAUAGUCUCCGAUUUUAUGGGAAUUAAUAAGAAUUUGGAGUCAAAUUUUAAGGU